CGAUCGAUCACUGCUCGUCUCCCCGAGCGAUGCUCACAGGCGCCGCGCCCGCGCGCGCCAACGGCGAGGCCUCCGCCUCCACCUCCUCAUCGUUGUCGUCCUCCUCCAGCGAGGAGGAGGAGGAGGAGGAGGAGGAGCACAUGGUCACAUCCCUCCCUGCCGCGCUCCGCGGCUGCGUCGACGGCGGCCGGCUCCUGCGCGGCGCGUUCCACGGCGCCGCGGGCGGCCUCGUGGCGUGGACGAGGCGGGGCGGCGCAGCCCGCUCGCUCCUCGUCGCGUCGGCCGGAUCGGUGGCGCUCGCGACGGUGACCGGGCUCCUGGUCGUCGUGUUCGUCCUCGUGGCCGCGGCGACGAGCGCCGCCGCCGUCGCGGUUCUCGUCUCCCUGACGGUGCUGUCUGCUCUCCUCGCCGCGGCGUACAUCGGCGUGUUGUCGGUCGUCGUCUUCGUCGUGGCGGCCGCGACGGCGGCGGCGGUCGUCGCGAUCACGAUCGCCACUGGUUGGGCUGCAUUAUUUUGGAUUAUUUGGUUUGCUGCAAGAAAAUUAGUGGUUUUUUUUCACUAACUGGUCAAUCGAUGCCACAAGUCGUGGAUGAUUUUUUCCAGUUUCUGCAUCAAUUUCCUAUUGCACUGCUGCAUCCUGUGCAUGAACCAGCUUUGCUUAGGACGGGACAGCUUCAGUUUCUAUUUGUUACUACUAGUUUUAUACAUGUAAAUAUUCAGUGCUCUCACAAUUUUUUUCCUCAUCUCAGAUUAACCAUGACAUGGUGGCAUACAUGCUUUGCCAUUCUGUAUAAGUUACUGCCUCCAUCACUAAAUGUUUGACGCCGUUGACUUUUUUAUGCAAG